CAAAGAGUAGCGGAUAUAUUGGAAAUUGUAGUCUGAAGCGCUGUUUUCCAGUAGUGCGUAACUGAGCUGUAAGUGCUUCCUUGACGUAAGUUUAUGGGUAUAGUAUGUUUCUGUGUAUUCUCAAAUGAAUUGCUCAUGCGCUUAAGAAAGCUAGCAUUUUGCUUAGUUUCACACAAUCAGAGUACAGUAGUUUAUUUAUCAGAUAUAUUUAAACAGUUGUGUCAACCUCAGAAUUUUUUACAAGUUCAUAUUCUCUUUUGAAGGUUGCAGUAUUCACCAAUAUAAUUUACUUCGGGCGUUGAGAUUGUAACGUUAAGUUCUGAUUCACUUCGGUUGGUAAUGGUGGAAAUUUAUCACUACAUGAUCUGCUUACGUACAUAAAGUUCCAAAUGAACAACCAGUCCUCAAAACUUCAUUUCUGCUUUAAGGUAGUGUUGGGUUUUCAGUGAGAGGUUAUGUUGCAUGAGUUAUUUUUGACCAAAUUGAACACUCCAUGAUUUAAUCUCAUUUGUCAAUGCCUAUUUUCAACCCUAAAACAGUUACAAAUUUCCUGACUUAUGAAAAAGAGGAAAAAGUGGGCUUUCUAUGGAAAAAGCGUUCAGAACAGAAAAAAUCUUACAAAAAACGUUACUUCAUAUUGUGUGGUAAUAUUUUAGCGUAUUUUGAUAAGAAAUUGGAUAAGGAACCAUUGGGUAUUAUAUUUUUGGAUUGUCAUAUUGUUGAAAUGUUGGAUGAUUUGAAAAUGGCAAUACGAUUCAGAGGACCCGGCGAGUUAUCUCGCAGUUAUAUUUUAAAGGGUGAAACAGCUGAGGAUAUUGAAGAUUGGAUGCGUGCUAUCAGUAGAUGUAGUAUUGAAUUUAUUACUUUAACUCUUGAAGAUUUAGAGGAUCACUACAAAGCACUGACUACAGUAAAACAAACAAAUACAGAUCAGAAAUCAUCACCAUCUACAUUAAUUGGAAAUAAUAAUAAUAAUUCAACUGUUUCAGCUGUUAAGUCUUCAAUAUUUUCUAGACGUUCGAAUCCGUUUAAUAAAAGUAAUAGUGUUACUGGCACUAGUUACGAUAUCGAUCCUACUGGGUUUAAUAGUCAAUCACGCAAAUUGUGUCCAUCCAGUAGUUCCAAUGGUUUAUUAAAUCAAACCACAUCGUCCUCUAUAAAUCAUACUCAAUGGUUAUUAACACAGAAUUGGGAACAAUUAAAUUCUCGUUUAAAAGCUCAAUUCAUGAUAUUUGACAACAAAACUGACACAUGAACAAAUUAAUUACCAUUAAAUUUCAUUUCUGUUUUAUAUAAUUUGUAUAGUUUUGUUAGUAGACUUUGGCUCAAUGCUCAAUGUAAAUAUAAUUUUUAUUUACUUUGAAUUAGUACUAUUGUUAUCUACUCCAAAUCUUUGACUAACGUUUUAGUAUCAGACUACUUAAUUUAAUGGUUUCAGCUACGUAACUUCAAUGCAUAAACCAUUUCUCAGUUUAAGUAUUUGUGUUGAAUAAAUGCUAGAAUUAUGUUUUUUUCCACUUUUUCAGCAUACAAAUAGUGUACCAUUGCAAAACUGAAGCUCAUUAUUAUCCAGCUUUGUUUUUUAUUUAUACUUAUUACUGUACAUCCAAGUAUAUUUGAAUGCUCAAUUAUUUCGGUUAACUAUUAAAAGGUUGUUAUAUGUGGUUCAUUCAAACAUAAAUGGCAAAAGAACUCUACUUAUUAGUUUGUUUUCACGCUUUUAUAGAUAGUAAUACGUUUAAUAAUUACGUAUUAACAGUUAAACUUGUUGACUGAUUGUCAGAAAGAUAGUCUACAAAAUAAAAUGAUUAUGUGUUCUUUUUUUCGCAGUCAGUUUCAAUCGAUUUCUGACAACUAAUUGAUUUAAGGUUGUAACAGAUCUUGGGGCGUAGAUGAAAUGUCCUCCUGAUAGCAUAGGGUCGAGUACACCAAAAAACCAACUCGUUCUGCUCUACUUUAAGGUUUUUAAACAUAGUCUUUAAAUGUACGGAAUAUUCGCAGGUUACCAUUAUUUGACUAUAGAUAAAUUCAAAGUAUUGCUUGCAUAUGUUGAAAUUAUCGAGUGAGCAAUACUGAGGUUUAGGCGCAGGGUAUUAUGUCAAGAUUACAAAUCGGUUGAUGAAAUAGUGAACCUUCUUUGACUGGGGUAGUUAAGAUAUGUUUUAUGUACACUAACCAUCACUUCCUUUACGAACUGUGUUGGCUGAUGUGGAAUAGUAGAUUAGAGGAACACUGGAAGCAACCAAACCAAAACGUAGCAUCAGUCCACGAAAUUAUUGACUGUUGAACUAGCUUUGUAGUUGGGUACAGACUAUUUGGUUGAGGUCUAUGCGAUCACUACAAUCAAUUGUUGGAGAAUUUAAGUGACGUGGCUCGGAAUCAAUCGAAGUGUGUCAUAUGCGUACACUCUUUGUCCUCUUUUGGAUUUAAAGUGUUAAGACUUAUGCUUUUUUAUUUCACAAGUUCAUAUUAUG